AUUCGUCACAGCAUAUAGCACGCUCGAAAAUACCUCCAUGUCUCUAGUGAGUGCGCCGUUUGAGCAAUAUUUCUUCCGCCAACAUAGUCUACUCUUAUUAUCGAAUGGGAGCUACUCGACGGAACAUGGCUAUGAGGGGGCCAGGAAUGCGAAGAGGGCCAACGACGACGAAGAGGUCGCGAUAGCAGUGAUGGGAGUCACUGAUUCGGGAAAGCCAACGUUCAUCAAUCUUGUCAGCGGCUCUUCUCUUACCGCGGUCUCGAGUCAUGUACAAGCGCAGUUGAGGCCUCGAGGGCAUUCAAAUUGCCGGUCGAACCGUGAUAUUGCUCGAUAUCCCUGGAUUUGAUGAUACCACUCGAUGCGAUGCAGACAUAUGCAAGCUUUUUUGCCGCGUUCUUAUCCUGAAAAGAGGUUUCUUCCGCAACUAUUUGAGCAAUGCUAACGCUCCUAUCGUUUCGCUCAGUAU